GCUUGGCAUUGGCAAAGUUGACUGGACGGACGCCUUGGAAGAUACCCAAGUCCACCCCAGUCUCUCUCUCUCUCUCUCUCUCUUUCUACUGACGGUCCACCCUGCGCCUCUCUGUCUUUCUCUCUAUCUGUGGACGUCAGAUUGACGAAUGGGCAAGUUGGGUCUUGUUCGGAACAGGGUAAUAUUGUAUUGAGGGAAGUUCGGAAUCAAGAGGGGAAUCCCAUGGCCGGAGGAGAGACCCAGUUGCGGUUCGCCCAGUGGUGAUCUUCAAGAACGGAAGGACGGGCGGAAGGGACGAUCUGCUCCUGCUCUGCUGCCCGCGGCGGAGGAGACAGUGAGCGCGAGUGAGGAUCAUGUGAUCCACCCCAACACAACACAACACACUGACUCGCUUGUCCCUUUGAAUUCAAGAAACCCCCCCUCAUUAAAUCCUUCCCCACCUAACCCACCGCAGUUGUUUGGGUUUUGAUCCUAUUCCCGAAUUUAGCUUUCUUCCAUUCCUCCUCUGUCUCUCUCUGUCUCUCUCUUGACGCUUCUUCGGAUGGCUGCGAACGCAUCAAGAUUCAUCAAGUGCGUGACGGUGGGUGAUGGGGCCGUGGGCAAGACUUGCAUGCUCAUCUGCUACACCAGCAACAAGUUCCCAACUGACUACAUACCCACGGUAUUUGAUAAUUUCAGCGCUAAUGUAGUGGUUGAAGGCAUCACUGUCAACUUGGGUCUUUGGGACACAGCUGGGCAGGAGGAUUACAAUAGAUUAAGGCCCUUGAGCUAUAGAGGAGCUGAUGUCUUUGUCUUGGCCUUUUCUUUAGUUAGCCGUGCUAGUUACGAGAAUGUCCUGAAGAAGUGGAUCCCAGAACUCCAGCAUCAUGCUCCUGGCAUUCCUAUUGUCCUUGUGGGAACCAAAAUGGAUCUUCGUGAGGAUAAACACUAUUUGGCUGACCAUCCUGGACUGGUUCCUGUGACCACUUCUCAAGGUGAGGAACUGCGCAAACAGAUUGGUGCCACCUAUUACAUAGAAUGCAGUUCAAAAACUCAGCAGAAUGUUAAGGGAGUAUUUGAUGCUGCAAUCAGGGUAGUGAUCAAACCACCACAGAAGCAAAAGGAGAGGAAGAAGAAAAAACCACGUCGAGGAUGUUUCAUGAACAUCUUUGGGGGUAGGAGCUUCGCAUGUCUAAAGUGAAUUGCGCCUAAUCUGCUAGGAUGUAUACGUCUGCUGGCACUUCUGGUAACGGCUCCGUGUGAACACUGACUAGGAUUGGUUCAUCAUCAGACUGGCUAGUUAGCUGUUCAUGUGCGUACUAUGUAGAUAAUUUUUCCACUUGCAUGGCCUGUUUUCAGUUUUAUUCCCUUAGCAUUCGUUUUACCAACUUGUGGCGAUAACUGAUGAAGUUCCUUCUUUCCACUGAUUUCCCUCUUUUGGUUGUGUAAAGCAUUGACUAUUCUACAGAAAAAAAAAGGAGUGAAAUUCAAUUUCUUAAUACUA